UCUCAACUACGCUCCUGACUCCAGAUUCGAGACGCAACGCGCAGAGAGAGAGAGAGAGAGCUAGCUUGGAUUAUAAAUUAUGUCGCAGAUAAUAUUCACGAGUACAAACUGUUUGCCUUUUUUUAAAUGUUUUCGUCCCUCGAUGCAAUUCAUCUCUCUGGCGUACUAAACAGGAGCUCGGAACGCCGCGCUUCAACAAUUUCACAACACGUACUCGCGCACUUGCGGGUCUUCCGGCAUGCAAUAAUCGAUCUUGAGUGUCGCCACUUUUCCACAGUUUGUGGACUAACAAGGGCUUCUUAUUUUCUAAUUUUUCACUGAGUUGACAAGAAGAAGUGAUUACGUUGAAGUUGCUCGCUCUAAUUAUGUUGGAAAGAAUCAGACCGGUUUGGCGAAACGUGAUUCUCUCCUCUCGCAUGUGCGCUCAGCAUGUGCGCCCGUGGGGGCGCGAAGAAUUGUGCACAGAGUACAGGAUAGCUGGAAGAAUCUCUGGACCUUAAGGUGCCUGCAUGCAUCUGUGGCCCCUGACUCUUGCACUGGAUAAUAUGGCUUCCGUAUGCGGGAAGGCAUCACCUGUUGAACCUCUAGACUUACACUUAGAGACCCGUGUGGAACAUGGUGCCAGAUUUCAGACCCGGAAACGAGGGUUAGAUUCUCUUUAGAUUUGGGAAGCUAAUGGUCCGAUUCUAGGUUUGAUAGAGCAGUGGACAUGAGUUGCUUGAGUUCGGCACAAAGAAAGGUUGGAGAGGAGAAAAUGGUCACGCUGCGGAGUUUCCACAUUCGGCUGAGCAAGCGAGCGAAUCUCUGUUCUUUUCCAACCGUGAUGUACAGUGGUAACGACCGGCGUGUUGACAAAUGGAAAGGACAAAAUGCCAACGACUUGAUUGCAAUCGGGAAGAAGCAUAAUCACUUGCAGAAUCAUGGAUAACCAAGCGUCACCAUCUGUGUUUAGCUCGGAUGGAAUGACUUCGAGUGCCGGGUGUUGGAUCUUCAGCACGAAAGAAAAUCAUCGAGCAGGAAUUAGUUCUUCGUAGCUAAGCGAAAGAUGGCGAUGAAUGUCUCUGUUAUGACAGAACUGUCUAGUGUGCAGACCUGUGUCUCGUCUGGUCAGCAGCUCCUUUUUGGCGGAACGACAUUACGAAAAUUAGUCGACGUUCAAUCGAAUACCGGCGCGAGAGUCGAAGAUCCCUGGAGAAAGUCCGUUCAAGUGUCCAAGACUGUGAAGGGAGUAAGAUGUUCAGCAACAGGACCACCUCCAGCCUGGCCCGGUCGAGCUGUGUAUGAAGGUGUGAAGCAAAGCUUUGAUGGUCCGAAGCCAAUCUCACUUAUUGGAUCUACAGGCUCCAUUGGCACGCAGACGCUGGACAUCGUAGCUGAAAACCCAGAGAGAUUCAGGAUCGUGGCUCUUUCCGCCGGAUCUAACAUAACCUUACUAGCAGAGCAGAUCAGAGCUUUCAAACCUAGUCUGGUUUCCAUACGGAACUCAGAACAAGUUGCAGAGCUGAGGGAAGCGAUUGCUGAUGUACAUCCCCAGCCUGAGAUUGUCGUGGGUGACUCAGGGAUAUUGGAGGUUGCGCAACAUCCAGAAGCUGUCACUGUUGUUACUGGAAUUGUGGGCUGCGCCGGUCUCAAGCCCACAGUUGCAGCAAUAGAAGCUGGAAAGGACAUUGCCCUAGCAAAUAAGGAGACCUUGAUUGCUGGAGGUCCCUACGUCUUGCCUCUGGCGAAGAAGUACGGAUGCAAAAUUUUACCAGCCGACUCCGAACAUUCUGCCAUAUUUCAGUGCAUUCAAGGCAUACCAGAAGGUGGAUUACGACGCAUUAUCCUCACUGCAUCUGGUGGUGCUUUCAGAGACUGGCCUGUCGAGAGACUGAAAGAUGUGAAGGUAGCAGAUGCCUUGAAACAUCCCAAUUGGUCAAUGGGUAGGAAAAUUACAGUCGACUCAGCGACAUUGAUGAAUAAGGGACUGGAAGUCAUUGAAGCUCAUUAUCUCUUUGGAGCAGAGUAUGACGAUAUUGAAAUAGUAAUUCACCCUCAAUCAAUCAUCCACUCGAUGGUUGAAACACAGGAUUCUUCCGUGCUUGGACAGCUAGGAUGGCCAGAUAUGAGAUUACCAAUUUUAUACACGUUAUCGUGGCCUGAAAGAGUGCCCUGCUCUGAGACCACUUGGCCUCGCCUGGACUUUGUAAAGAUGGGUAACUUGACGUUCAUUGCCCCCGAUCGUGCCAAGUACCCGUCUAUGGAUCUGUCUUAUUCAGCUGGUAGGGCAGGUGGUACUAUGACUGGUGUACUUAGUGCAGCCAAUGAGAAGGCUGUCGAGCUUUUCCUUGAAGAGAGAAUCGGAUACUUGGACAUCAUCAAACUUAUCGAGAAGACUUGUGAUAAGCAUAGACAGGAUCUUGUACUUCAACCUGCAUUGGAUGAUAUUGUAAAUUAUGAUCAGUGGGCGCGUCAGUAUGCAACCCAACUUGCCCAGCAGUUUGAGAAGACAUCGACAUCAAUGAACCUCCGAGUUUGAGGUUUGGCGUCUCUCUUCAGUGUUCUCACACUAGUAAUGGGGGUAGGUCACAUGUAGGGCGUAGGUUCCAGUUCCGAAUAGCAAUCAACAAGCAAUCAACAGUUGAAUGUGAACUCCUGUCACACAAAUCGUUUCAACGUUUCAUCAUGACUAUGGUCGAUGUAAGUUUCAAUUCCGAUUUCUUCGGCCUUAGUUGGCAUCUCUGGUCUUGUGAAGUUCGCUGACUUUCUUCUCCAGAGACGAAAUAUGCCAACUUUUCAAGAAUGAAGGGAUUGCCUUUGUAAAUUUUUUCCAGUAAAGUUCAACACGAAUACUUGGUAGGAGAGGAGGCAGGACUGACACUGAAAUUACAAUCUGUGACUAUAGAGGAAUGCUCCAUUGGGAGCUAGAUCAACAAUUUGAUAGAUAUUAUUAUCUCAUGUGAAAUAGUCAAUUUGCUACCUAUUUGAAUAAAGGUUUUAAUU